UUCAGCAUUAUUCAAAUCAUCAAAAAUUACUGAACACGUCAGACGGAGUACACACAGAAAUAAUUUCGACUAUUGAAUUUGAAGAGAAAGCGCCAAAAUCAACAAAUAAUGGAUGAUGUGGAGAUUGCAAGUGUGGGCCAGUUCCAGACGCUGGUGCGCUACAACAAUCCGGUGCUUGUCGUAAAACAUCCGGACAAGAAAGGAGCCCCAUUAACUGAACUUGAAAUGAAACGCCCGCAAACAGCUGGAGCUUUACUAGAUACCAAAAAAGAGACUGAGGAAAUAUUGAACUCCAUACUGCCACCACGUUGCUGGGAAGAGGAUGGCCAGCUUUGGCAGCAAUCUGUAUCGAGUACACCGGCAACCCGCCAAGAUGUCAUCAAUUUGCAGGAAAUGCUGGACACGCGCCUGCAGCAGACCCAAGCCCGUGAGACCGGCAUCUGCCCUGUACGCCGUGAACUCUAUUCCCAGUGCUUUGAUGAGAUCAUACGCCAGGUGACUAUAAAUUGUUCGGAGCGCGGUCUGUUGCUACUACGCAUCCGUGACGAAAUUGCCAUGUCUAUGGAGGCCUACGAGACUCUUUACUGCAGCUCUGUCGCAUUUGGUAUGCGUAAAGCUUUGCAGGCCCACGAGGAAAAGGAAAUGUUGCGCGACCGGGUCAAGACUUUGGAACAGGAUAAAGAAGCACUUGAGGAAAUCAUUUCUGAUAUGAAGAUGAAGCAGGAACAAGCCGAACGCCGUAACGCCGAAUUACGCGCUUCGGAAGAGAAAAAGUUCACCGAGGAGAUCACGUUCCUGAAGAAGACCAAUGCACAACUCAAGGCACAGCUCGAGGGUAUUACAGCUCCAAAGAAAUAAACGUGCCACAUGGUGUGUGCGAUGGUGUAUGGUUUGUGCUUGUCGUGUUUAAUGAUUUGUUAAAACUUAUUGCAAUUAAAUGUAGUGAACAACUAA